AUUUCAGCUUUUGGAAGGUGACGCGCAGACCAAGAAGAAGAAGAAGAAAGGAUGGGAGCUGUGUUUUCGUCUUUGCAAUUAUCCGAGCACUAAAAUAAGAGCAAAAAAUGCGCACUAUUCAGCUUUUGCGCGUGUCGAUAUACGAGCGGAUGAACGCCGCCGCUGAAGCAAUUUUACAGCAACUGCAGAAAGACGAAAAAGCAGCCAAACUGCGGCCGCUGAGAGCUCUGCUGUAUGAGCGGCUAACGGCAGCCGCGGAGGAAAUCGUCGGUCUGUUGCAGAAAACGGUGUCGGAUUAUGAAGACAGAGUUCAGCUGUCGGAGGAGGAGAACUCCCGCCAAAGGGAGAUUUUAGAUGCAGUCUUAAAACCCGAGGUCAGAUUGCACAGACUUGAUCAAAAGCCGCUGUUUUCACACGGAGGACCGACAGCCAAUGGAGCGUCUCAGACUUCCGCUCAGCUUCAGAUUAAAAGCACGACCAGCGACAGUGAGGAGAAUAAAAAUGAACAAAAGGCUGCAAGCAGUGAUGUCUCUUACCCCAUCAUUCUGGUGGAAACAGACCACCAAUCUGUCCUGAGCCGGUCCAACUCCGAAAACAACACUUCCUGUCCGUCCUCGCCUCUUUCUACCUCCAUGUCUUACCACGCGCCCAUCUCCUCAUGCAGCGAUGAAGAGUUUGACAGCCGCCAGGAAGCUCAAAGUCACAAAUCUACACCUGAUCCAAAAAGGAAAAGAGGCCGGCCUCGCCUUACGAAACCCGCGGUCCAAACCAAACGCAAGCGCUCGGGUCCAUCUCAGACGUUCAACUGUUUUGUUUGUGGACAAACUCUGCAGGGCAAAGGUUUCCUGCUAAAACACGUCCUGAGUGUCUGCGCCGGCCCCCCAGACAACCGCUGCGGCUUCUGCGGCGAGUUUUUAGACUCGUCCGACAGCCUGGCGGCUCACCUGGAGGUUCAUCGGAAAAGCAGCAAGACCUGCUCCUUCUGCGGGAAGACCUUCAACUCCAUCCUGGCGCAGGAGCUGCACGUUCGCCUGCACACUGGAGAAAAGCCCUACAGCUGCCCUGUGUGUGGCAAAAAGUUCACCCAGAAGGGCAACCUGACGUCUCACCUGCACGUGCACAACGCGGAGAAACCCUUCAAGUGUAAGGAGUGUCCCCGCGCCUUCUGUCACCUGACGUCGCUGGAGCGCCACGUGAAGGAGCACAGCCAGGACGCGGUGCACGCCUGCACCGUCUGCAGCCAGGAGUUCGGUAACCUGUCCGCCCUGCGGAAGCACAUGGCGGGACACAAGACAGACGGGGCCCAAAAGUCCAAGAGGUGUCGCAGCGCCGCGCCGUCGUACUGCUGCAAAGUCUGCAACCAUUCCUUCGACCGGAAGAUCCUCCUGGAGAAGCACGCCGAGACGCACCUGCUGGAUCCGGACUGCUGCUGCGCCAUCUGUGGGUACCAGUACGAGUCCACCGAGAGUCUCAUCGUUCACGUGCAGACUCACCGCGACGCCCGCAGCACCUGCGACACCUGCGGGAAGUCCUUCCCCGGCUACUCCGCCCUGCUGAUGCACUCCCGGGUCCACACCGGGGAGAAGCCGUUCACCUGCAGCUUCUGCGGCAAGUCCUUCAACCAGACCGGCAACCUGAAGACGCACUUGAAGAUCCACACGGGCGAGCGCGCCUUCUCCUGCAGCAUCUGCGGCAAGGGCUUCACCCAGAAGCAGACGCUGGACACGCACAUCCGCUUCCACAACAAGGAGCGCCGCUUCCUGUGCCAGGUGUGCGGCAAGGGCUUCAUGCAGGAGGUGGACCUGAAGCGGCACAUCCUGAUCCACACCGGGGAGAAGCCGUACGUCUGCAGCGUGUGCGGCAAGAGUUUCCAGGCCAGACGGUCGCUCAACGGGCACCUGAAAGGCCACACGGCUCAGGGUCUGAACGCAGAAAACAGCAGCGAUUCCCUGAGUUUUGACCACUUACACCCAGGAUAUCUUCAGCUGUAGUUAUUUUCUACAUCAGUUCAUCAUUCAGUCAUUUUUUUUCAACUGAAUUAUCCUCCAGGUGCAAAUCCCAGAGCAAAAAUCAUUUGAUAGCUAAUAAUAAAAACGUAUAUUUCUGCA